AGGCAAUUGGUCUUUUUUGUAAUGCAAUGUAAAUGUAAUGUAACAGUUCUCCUUUCAAUGGGUCAUUAAGAGCCAUCAGCUUUGCAAAAGACCAGAGUCAGAAAUGGUUGGAAUGGCUUUAUUGAUAUGGAUCUCCCCAGACAGCUGCCUGGAUUUAUGAAUUCUCCUCCAGGGCCUGGUUUAUGGGGCUUCAUGGAGAGCAUUUGUCUUUCAGCAUAGACUGGCCCAUGCUGCUCACAUGUCAGGAGUGGGACUCAAGGCGGUGUGUGUCUCUCCUGCUUCCCAUACUGCAAGGUUGGAUUGCAUCUCCUAAGGCUAUAUUAAAGGAAGCAAGAGCCUUCGACUAAAACAUGCUGGGAUUUUCGUUUCCAGGAGCCGGUGUGGCUGCUGUUCUAUUAACUGAGUUGUGGAUUUGCACCCAGGACUUUGGCUCGGAGCUAAGCCCCCUCCAAAACUGGAGCGUUGUGCACCCUUGUCUCUUGUUUGGGUGACAGCCAGCGUGGUGCAAUGGUUUGAGCAUUGGACUAUGACUCUGGAGACCAGGGUUCGAUCCCCAACUUAGCCAUGAAACCCAACGGGUGACGCUGGGCAUGUCACAUUCUCUCAGCCUCAGGGGACGGCAAUGACAAACCCCCUCUGAACAAAUCCUGCUGAGAAAACCCCAGGAUAGGGUCACCGUAUAGCCAGAAAGGAUUCGAAGGCACAUAACAACAAUGUUGGGUCCCACCAUUUUGUGUUACUGCUAGAAUGUGGCUCUAGAAAACUUAUUCAGUGAUUCCCAAACUUUUGUCCUCCAGGUGUUAUGGACUUCGACUCCCAGAAGCCCCUAGCCAGCUUGGCCAGCCAUCGGGAAUUCUGGGAACCGAAGUCCCAAACAUCUGGAGAACCAAAGUUGGGAAACCCACUUGGCUCUCCAAGUUGCAAGAGCUUUAAAGCCUCAUCGUCGCCCCAUUUGCAUUUGCCAGAAUGCCAUACAAAGGGAGAACCUGAUCUUACUAUCUUACCUCUCUGCAAAUGUCCUGUGCACCAAUUCCUCCUCCCUUCCUUGGAAAGCAUGUGAGAUGGCACUUAUGCCUUUGACCCUGAGCGCAAUGGGACUGUUGCCUUGCCAAUGGAGAGCAUCAGCUGCUCUCCCUAAAAUUUCCACUCUCCUGGAAGCCUUGUAUCUUUGCCGGUGCUGUGACUUAUAAAAUGCCCGCUUUUGGGGGUUGAGAGAGUGGGGUAGAUCAAUGAUCGACCCGUUUCCAGCUCCAGAAAACAAACCCAAAGUGGUCUGGCUCUUACUUCUUCUGCUUGCCCUUUCUUCCACAUUUCUCCCUGACUCUUCUUCUUUCCCCCCCAAUUUUCAUUCCCAAACUGUUAAUCCCUCAAAACGAGAGUAAAACUUUAACCGCUUGAGCCGCUUACUGUUUUACAUAAAUAAUCCACCCAAAGACCCAGCAAAGCCAGGAGACGUUUGCCCGCUAAGGACGAAACAAGUGGGCAAAGCGGGAGAUUCCCAUCCGCUUUGACACAACCGGGCAGAGAAUGUAACGCCUUUAAAAAGUGCAGGCAACUGGUUAGAGACACCUCUCGUAUUUCUCUUACCGUAGGAAUGUAUUGAUUUUGCAAAAUUGGAGAAUAAACAUCAAGUGAGAUAUUUUUCUCCCCCUCCUUCCAAAAGAGGCCUGGGGAACUCACAGCUGGAGGAACGGAGACCCUCCGAAUUCUGGCAAGCUCCUGGCACAGCCCCAGAUGGGCACAGGAUCCAGGGUUUCCUGGAGCGACCGUUUCUGACCCCAAACAAUCCUGCUGCCUUGCUGAAAGCGGGUUAUUCGAUAAAUUAAAAUCAAGACACUCCCUUCCCUUGGACAAUCUUUUUAUCUCCCACAGGAACAAGCCAGAGACCCGUUGUGCCCAAAAGUGCCUGCCGUCCUAUUCUGCAUCACUACCCGGCUCAUCUUACUACAAUCUUGCAAGCGGCAAUUGACCGGCUAACCAUAUUUGCACUCCUCCUUUUAAGCUUUGGAAGGAAUUUGCUUUUGGAUUAGCAAGGAGACAAGGGCACUGUUUGGGCGGCAUCCGUACUUAGAUAUACGUUGCACUCCUGUGACCCCUUCCAGGGGUUUUCGUGAACGCCAUGACUUUCGCCGAAUUCCUGCAGCAAGUCGGUGGCAUGGGCCGCUUCCAGAUAAUCCACACGGCGCUCCUGACAAUCCCCAUCGUAUUGAUGGCCAGCCACAACCUUCUCCAGAACUUCACCGCGGCGAUCCCGGAGCAUCACUGCCAGAUCCGCAUGAGCGCCAACGGCAGCGGGCAUCAAAACGCCACUCGCUCGCUAGGCACCAGCGACCUUCUGAGGGUGGGCAUCCCUCUCAACAGUAAACAGCAGCUGGAGAAGUGCCGUCGGUUUGUGGACAUCCAGUGGCACCUUCUCAACCCAAACCUCACCAAGGCAAACCGGACCAAAAUGGACACCGAGCCAUGUGCCGACGGAUGGGUAUACGAUAGGACCCUGUACUCUUCCAGCAUAAUUUCAGAGUGGGAUCUAGUGUGUGACCGACGGAAACUUCGGGAGAUGGCCCAGUCCAUCUACAUGGCUGGCGUACUGGUGGGGGCCCUGAUUCUGGGAAAUCUGGCUGACAGGUUUGGCCGCAAGGUGCUCACCAUUUGGUCGUUCCUGCAAAUGGCGGUGAUGGGGACCUGCGCGGCCUUUUCGCCCAACUUCAUCUCCUACUGCGUUUUCCGGUUCCUGAGUGGGAUGGCGCAUUCCGGGUUCGGCCUGAGCAUUGCCUGUUUGAUUGUGGAGUGGAUUCCCACCCAGUUCCGCACGAUCACCAUCGCCGUCACCGGCUUCACAUAUACGUUGGGACAGAUCCUCCUUGCUGGCUUGGCCUAUGGCAUCCCCGACUGGCGCUGGCUCCAGUUUACUGUUUCCGCACCUUUCUUUUUCUUCCUCCUGUACUCUUGGUGGUUUGCCGAAUCCGCUCGGUGGCUGAUCCUUUCGGGAAAAGCAGGUACGGCUGUCAGCGUCCUCCAAAGAGUCGCCCGCAUCAACGGGAAGCAAGAAGCCGGAGCUAGCAUCACCACGGAGGUCCUGCUAUCGAACAUGGAGAAAGAGUUGUCCGUCACCAAGGCUUCUUAUACCAUCUCCGACUUAGUGCGCACCCCGGCCAUCCGGCGCAUUUUCUGUUGCCUCUCUGUAGUAUGGUUCUCGGUCAGCUUCUCUUACUACGGAUUGGCGAUGGACCUGCAGAAUUUCGGGGUCAGCAUCUACCUGAUCCAGGUGAUCUUUGGGGCGGUUGACUUCCCGGCCAAAGUGAUCGUGACCAUCACCAUGAGCUACAUCGGCCGGCGGUUCAGCCUUUCGUCCUUCCUCAUCGUCGCCGGAUUCAUCAUCAUCAUCAAUAUAUUUGUGCCCACCGAGCUGCAGACCGUUCGGACAGCGCUGGCCGUUAUUGGGAAAGGAUGCUUGUCGGCGGCCUUCAACUGCACCUUCUUAUUCACGACCGAAUUGUACCCAACGCCUGUCAGGCAGACUGGGCUCGGGUUCGGCAGCACCAUGGCGCGGGUGGGAGGCAUCGUGGCUCCGCUGGCCAAGAUGAUGGAAGACUACUAUGCCCUCCUGCCACCGAUUGUCUAUGGGGCCGUGCCCAUCUUUUCGGGCAUCAUUGCCUGUUUUCUCCCGGAGACCCUGAACGUCCCGCUCCCGGAUACCAUCGAAGAUGUGGAGAACAGGGCCAGAAAGAAGACCAAGGAAGAAUUAGCCCAGGAGAAGAUUCUGCUCCAAACCCAAGAUAAAGCUCUGUUUAGAGACACUUGCUGAUGGUCAAAGCUCUCCUUGGAUCUCCAUCUCUCCCAGUCAUUUGGUUUUGGGGAAGAAAGGACCACAAAAGACUGAGCGUUUGUUGUUCUGUCCAUCCUGGGAUCAUCUUUUACAAAGGGUUACCCUUCACAAACUGGGAAGUCUUGAGAAGGUCUGAACUUUCUGGACAUUUUUGAAAGCACUCCAAAGGUCUCCAAAAGAUAUAGUCUUUCUUCAGGUUCCCCGAGGGCCAAACUGAAAUGGGCUCCGAGAUAAUAAAAAGGACUGUCCACAUCAGUAGAAAGCAUCCAAGUAGUGACCCUUAGGAUGAAAUCAGUUGUAAACGAUCGAUCAUUUGGUCGAUCGAUCGAUAUUCCGAACCAAAGUAAUAUAUUGAACAAUGCCUAACCGUACAUGAAAAUAUUAAAUCACAAGCCGGACAGCCA